GAGGAGGGUUGCUUUUCUGCGGCCAUGUCGGUUGAACGCCGUUUCCCCACAUCGCCUCUCGCUGAAUGUGUGUGUGUUUGUACAUGUGUGUGUACAUGCGUUGUGUUACCGAGGGGGUAUUUUUAACACCUGAAAAAGCCCCCUGCUCGCCACCUUUAUCCACACUGACACAUCGGCUCCAAAUCAUCAAAAUCUGGACGCACAAAACCCUAAAAAAAACGCGCAGAGAUCUCGCAGCUGAUCACCGGCCGACACUCAGCUGCAGCUCUGCUCCGUGUUUUCUCCUCUUUAUGUGCAACUAAACCCGGUCGGCGGUUAAAGUGCAUUAAAAUGUUGUGUUUUCUUGCAAUCAGACGUGCGUUGGGCACACACACUCGUGCAGCAGAGGAUCAGUGUGCCUCAGUCUCCCCCCUGUCGUGGCAGAACCAGAAGAAGACAGUGACUUUGGGGAGGCAGAACAUGUACAGAGAAAAUGUUCCUGCUUUGAGGAAAGAAACCCUCCACAGCUGAGCAGAGGCUGGAGGACUCCAUUUUGAAGGGACCGGGUGAGCAGCAAAGAGAGAGAGAGAGAGAGAGAGACUGCACAGCAACUCGUCUCAGGGAAGGAAACCCAUCUGUUUUUUCCGGGUACCAGCAUUUCACUGCUCCUCAGACGUGCCAGUGGACAUUUUUGGGUGAAUUCUUGUCGUCCAGGCGCUGCCCCUCCACCUCUGUGCGUCUCGGAAAAGGGAGGAUGAUGCCAGUUGUUUGGCACAAGUUUGGCAUGUGACAUGUCAGUGGUGAUGGCAGCUUUGGGGAGGAAUCAUGCCAGCAUGAGUGGGCCUUACUCCGGCCCUGGCAGGGACCCCCAUCAGUCCAGCUGCCCUCUGACCCCUGGCCGUGACCUCUCCACCCCCUCCUCCAGAAGACAUGACCACAGGGUCGGGCUAACCAUGUCUGCAGCCUCCUCCCUCAAGCAUGCGUCCGUCUACGGGUUCACACAAAGGGACCACUCCUCCUCCUCGUCCUCCUCUUCGUCCUACAGCCCUCUCAGGAGGCUGCAGCAUCUCACCACCAUGGUGAGCCAGCCGGACCUGGUGCUGCCGGUGAGGGAGCCGGAGAGGAGCUGGGACUGGAGGUCGCACAGGAAGGACCGGGACUCCUGGGCGGAUCGCACUGGCAGGGAUUACUCUGGCAGCCAGAUUACAGGCCGAGAGGAGAGCUUCAGCGGCUCCUCUCCUGCACAGAAACCACCAGAGGUCCAAAGUGGAAGUAGAGACACACCUGCAGCCAGUUCAGAGAAAAAGACUGAAGGCUGCUUCUCAAACCCACCCAGUCCGGCCUUCUCUCUCGACAGCAACAGCCCCUUUGCCAACGGCUUGCUGCACUUUGAAUCCUCUUUGUUUGAGGACGACGAUGAAGAGCGAGGGACCGUGUCGCCCAUCAGAGCGGUGCAGAACCAACACGAAAGGCCGGGGAAUGUCCUCCAAUCCACACCUGGAGAUAACAGUGUGAACUCCAAGGAUGCUAACCCGUCUUCAGCCAAGGUUGUCACCCGUUCCCAGUCCUCAGGCCAACGCAGGAGAUACUGGGACGGCUCGGAGGACGAGUGGGAGAGCGGCAGCGAGCUGUUGCUGUUUGAAGAUAGCCUCUCAAGCCUUUCCGUGCAGCAGAACAGUGUCAAGAAAAAGUCGCUGCCGCCUGUGAAGUUUGUCGAGGGCGAAGUUGUUUGGGCAAAGUUCAACCGGAGACCUUGGUGGCCCUGCGAGGUGACUGUUGACCCCGUACAGGGAAGCUUCCACAGAGUGAAAGAGCCCAGCGACCGGCCCUGUCGGCUCUACCAUGUCAGGACCUUCGGGGAGCCCGUGGAGCUGGUCUGGGUGGAGGAAAAAUCAACUCACACUUUUCACGGAGGCUUUGAAUUUGAACAGCUCCACCUACAGCACCGGAGGGGGAAGCAAAGGGAGCAGAACAACAAAUGCACCAUUGCGAAGCGUUUUCAGGACUCAUGGAAAUCCAGUGUGGCAGAAGCUGAAGCUGUUCUCCGUGAGAGAACCAAAAUGGCUUCCUCCCUCUCUCUGUCAAUAGAUGACGGCUUCCACGACAGUUCGACACUGGAGAGAGAAAACAAGGCUCAUCCAACAUUUCCUCCUUCUAUUUCACCUGUUCCAGCACUUCCUGAAAAAUCGCACAUAACUAAUGGAUCCUUCUCAUCCCCAAUUACAACUCCAACAAAACCAAGCACUUUAAGGAAAUCUCCUGGCAAGAAGAAACAGAGUAAAUCAUCAAAAGACACGAGUAGUAAACACUCUAAAAAUACGCUGCAGAAUAGCCCUGACCAAUCAGAUAGAGACAAUGGAGAGUGUCCAUACUCUGACCUCGACUCUGUCCCGAAGAUUUUGUGUCCUAAAGCACUUGAACGUCACCCGAAGUUAGUUCCGACUGUCACAGUUGUCAAAGAGGUGAAGAAGCAGCCCGAGCUUCAGAGUGGGCUUUGGUUUAGCAAAUCAUGCAAAGACAGGCGACCCAAAACAACCAGUCCGAUGCCGGAUCGCACUCUGUUCGGCAAGGUGCCCUGCAAGAAAAAGAACUCAUCUGUUGUUAGUAAAAAGACGCUGGCUCCUUGUGGCUCUAGUUCGUCCGGUGGUGGCACCAGUGACCAGUCAGAGUUGUCAGACAAGCAUAAACCUCUAGUACCUGCUGAAAGCACUCUGCCGUCUGAACCGUCAGGACAUUUGAAGUGUAAAAACGCAGCGACUGCUAGUAGGUCUUUAGCUACAACUUGGAGUCCUGCUGACCAGAGAUCUAUACUCACUGUUGAGAGUGAGUGUUCAAAGAGUCAGCAACUAGCCAGUAAUUCAACUGAUACAGUUUCUGGCUCAUUGUCUGGUCAAUUAAGCAGCUCAGAUGUUAAAAAGGCCUCAGAGCCCACCGUGAAAGUCAGUGUCAGUGACCAGUCCAGGUGUUUGGAGAGCGUUAAGAGCGUCAACCGAACUGAGCCUUCUGACCUGCUGGACACUAAAAAGCUUCCGGUAACUGAACAAGAAAACGAAAGGAGCAAAACUCCAGCAUCCACUCUAAAAGCUGACACUACUGACUCUUUAGCCAGGCUAGAAAAGCAAAGAAGUCUGGUCUCUAAGUGCAGGCUGCCCUUUGUGAAAUUAAUACGCAAGGACAUCAAAGAUAAGAAGUUCCUGAACUCCAUGGUAACUUUACAUCCCACUGAACAACCCGGAUGCACAAAGAAAGAGAAAACACUAGACACUAAUGCAAUUACAACAUCCUCCAAACAGUUAGAGUGGAUGGAUGACAAGAAACUCACCUCCAUAGUCAGUUUACAAUCCAUAAAGGUUUCAGUUAAGAAGUUAAAGGCGAGUGGUGCGUCCGGUAUGCUUUGUCUGUCAUCAGAAUCAUCACACGGGGAUGAUGUUGUGGUUUCCAGUGUGUCCGUUGAUGAAUCAGGCGGCCGAGAAGCAGAGAAGAUCCCAAAUGUAAGUCCAAGCAGUGUGACUUACUCCUCCUGUAACCAGUCAGAUCGGUCAGAAGGUCAAAAGACUUCUGCCUCUGAUCUAACAAGCAACUCCUCUGAACAGCGAGGCACUCCAGAGCAAGAAAUUACAUCUGUCACAGCUUGUACUACAACUGUUCAGCCUUCUGAGCGGCAGGAGAGCUCAGUCUGUAGCAAUCCUCUGGUGCCCGAAGGCCCGUCUCCUGAGAAGUCCAAGAAGGUUGUCCACAAAUCAAAGCAGGUUUUAGUUGAAGUAAAUAAAGUCCUACAGGAACAACCUGCCCACCUCCCGGCCAGCAACCGGCUGAUGACCAGAGCGCUGAAGGCCAUGCACGAGGCGGAGCAGAAGAAGCGUGAAAAAUCUCGAAAGGGGGCCGAACAGAAAAAACUCUUGACUCCAUUCAGAAAGUCUGAGGACGUCUCAUGGAAUCCUGAGGCCAAAGCAGACUUUUGCACUAAAACAAAAUCUCUGAAGUCUCGAUAUAAAGACAAUGGUGAGUAUGAUCGGGACAGUUUGUCUAGCUGUAGCACCCCCACUUUGAUGCUUUCUGAUUCCAAUGACUUUGAUGUCAAGAGUGAAGAUGAAGACCUCUCGAUAUCUUCCACUCCACCCAUGGACUUCAUACCUCUUACUUCUAGAGUAAAGGCAGAGAAGAACGGUCAUUCCUCCUCUUCUUCACCAUCCUCACCGUUUUCUUUUAUGAACGCCUUCAAAAACGUGGAGGAGGUCUCCUUUCAGUCCCUAACAAAUGAAAGCGAUGGGAAACCAGUUUCUUUCAAGCCAAAUGCCAACUACAAGUUCAGCACUUUUCUGAUGAUGCUGAAGGACUUGCAUGACACUAGAGAGCGAGAGGGGGCGCCUUUAGAGCUGGAGAUUGGCCCACCAAGUGCACAUGUUAAAGAGGAACCCUUAGUGAUGCCGGGGGAGACUACACCCGCAGGACAAGAUCAACAAAUUAAAUAUGUUCACGGUAAUUCAGUUUCAAGUCUAAACAAAGCUAUUGUCACACACAGUAAAGACGGCUCAAUUCAGAUGUCCAAGAGGCCCUACAACAGAAGGGGAAGCUCCACCGGGGUGAGAAAGAAAUCCAACCGCAGAGUGCCUUGUCGUCCUGCCAGGUCUGGACCUGGUUUCCCAGGACUGGAUUCCCUGUCAGGAAUGAAAUCCUUGCCAGCAAUGGACUCUUCAUCAAGAGUGCAUUGCUCGUCCAGAGUGCUGGGGUUGCAGAGCAGCAGCUGGGAGGGGCAGGCUGGAGGUGGAGUGGUCAGGAUGGAGGAGGAGGAAAGGUGGAGCAGAGUAAAGGAGAAGCUCCAGAACAUGGUGCCUUUGGAGCAGAGGGAGUGUGAUGCUACGCUGGGUUUGCAGCCACCCAACGGCCUUGUUUCCAACUGCAUGAAGAGUAACUUGAUGUACAGCGCUGGGGGAGGCGACAAGACUACAGCACAUAAACGAAUAAGAAAGCCAAGCAAGAGGCUGAUUGAAUGGACUGAAGAAUACGACCAGAUUUUCUCCACGAGGAAGAAAACCAAAAAGCCUCUCCAGUCGAUUGGAAAGGCCUCUCAACCCGUUACCUCCGUGUCUGAGUCCUCGGGGUCGGACAAGAACGCACACGACCACCCAUCCUUGAAUUUACUUCCUGAAAUACAGACGCCGCCACCAGAGGAAAUCGUUGCGCCGACGCCAUCGGAGCUACACAUUCCCAGCACUGAAAACCCAAGUCCCCAAGAUGCACCUGUGCUCUCCAUCGACACGCUGACACCUCCACCUGAAGUAGAACCUUCGCUGUCAGAAGGCCUCGUCAAAGACAACGGAAGUGCUCCUGUACUGGAAAAGAAGCGUAAGAGGAAACCCACUCAGAAGAUCCUGGAGUACUGCCUGGAGGCUGAAGCAUCGACGGGCCCCAAGAAGAAGGUCAAAACACUGAAGAACAGUUCAAAUCCUGCUCCUCAAUCCGAUUCUGCCCCACCGUUGUUAAAAUCAAAGACUAAACCGCUCACAGCCUCCACUCCCACUACAGUCUCUGAGAUUUCCACCAAUCCGCCCACAAACACUGUCCAGGCCGAUCACAGCACUCCGGCUCCCUCCACCCAACCACCGGCUUCACCUGAACCCAACCAAGAGGAGACGACGCCAGCAGACGAUGACACUCCUCAACCAGACGACGGUAAAACUCAGGAGGUCAAGAAGGACGCAGCAGAGUCAGAGGGUGAACCGUCCAGCCUGGACCACAGCUUCUCCUCCAUGAAGGACGAGUUGUCGCUGUGUGACGAAACACUUUUACCCGCCAGGAAGAUCAUCGGCGACCGAGGAGGUCCUGCCUCCAUGAAGGAGAACAUCUGUCAGGUGUGUGAGAAGACAGGUGAGCUGCUGCUCUGUGAGGGUCAGUGUUGUGGAGCUUUCCAUCUGCCCUGCAUCUCUCUGGCCGAGGCGCCGAAGGGGAAGUUUGUCUGUCCGGAGUGUAAAUCAGGCGUCCACACCUGCUUUGUGUGUAAGAAGCGCAGCGAGGACGUACGACGCUGCAUGAUCCCCGUCUGUGGGAAGUUUUACCACGGAGAAUGCAUCGCCAACUACGCUCCGACUGCCCCGGUGAACCGAGGCUUCCGCUGCUCCAUCCACGUCUGCCUCACCUGCUUCAUCGCCAACCCCAACGGCUCCAACAUCUCUAAAGGUCGUCUGGUGCGGUGCGUUCGCUGCCCGGUAGCUUAUCAUGCCACAGACCUCUGCAUGGCCGCCGGCAGCGUCGUCCUCUCCAACAACAGCAUCGUCUGUCCCAACCAUUUCGCUCCUCGCCGCGGCGUCAAGAACCACGAACACGUCAACGUCAGCUGGUGCUUCGUCUGCACUGAAGGUGGCAGCCUGCUGUGCUGUGAAUCCUGUCCGGCUGCAUUUCACCGCGAGUGUCUGAACAUCGAGAUGCCUAAAGGCAGCUGGUACUGCAACGACUGCAAGGCCGGCAAGAAGCCUCGCUACAAAGACAUCCUCUGGGUGAAGGUCGGCCGCUACAGGUGGUGGCCGGCGGAGGUCAGCCAUCCCAAAACAAUCCCAGAAAACAUCCAGCGAAUGAGGCACGAUGUCGGGGAGUUCCCGGUUCAUUUCUUCGGCUCCAACGACUACCUGUGGACCUACCAGGCCAGAGUCUUCCCCUACAUGGAUGUGGACGCCAACAGCAAGGAGAAGAUGGGGAAAGGUGUCGAUGCAACGUACAAGAAAGCUCUGGAGGAGGCGGCUGUGAGGUUUCGUGAGCUGCAGGCAGAGAAGGAGCUUCGGCAGCUUCAAGAAGACCGAAAGAACGACAGGAAACCGCCUCCAUACAAACACAUUAAGGUGAAUCGACCAAUCGGAAAGGUUCAGAUCUUCACGGCCGACCUAUCGGAGAUCCCGCGCUGCAACUGCAAGGCGACGGAUGAGAGUCCGUGUGGGAUGGACUCUGAGUGCAUCAACCGGAUGCUGCUGUACGAAUGUCACCCGCAGGUUUGCCCGGCUGGUGAGCGCUGCCUCAACCAGGCGUUCACCAAGCGUCAGUACAGCCAGGUGGAGAUCUUCAGGACGCUGUCUCGAGGCUGGGGGCUCCGCUGUGUCCACGACAUCAAGAAGGGUCACUUUGUGAGCGAGUACGUUGGGGAGGUGAUCGACGAGGAGGAGUGCAGGUCGAGGAUCAGACAUGCUCAGGAGAAUGACAUCUGUAACUUCUACAUGUUAACUCUGGACAAGGACCGGAUCAUCGAUGCCGGGCCGAAGGGGAACGAGGCUCGUUUCAUGAACCACUGCUGUCAGCCCAACUGUGAGACCCAGAAGUGGACGGUGAGCGGAGACACCAGGGUGGGGCUGUUCGCUCUGGUCGACAUCUCUGCAGGCACAGAACUCACCUUCAACUACAACCUGGAGUGUUUGGGAAACGGGAAGACGGUCUGUAAAUGUGGAGCACCGAACUGCAGCGGCUUCCUGGGCGUCAGGCCAAAGAACAACCCUCCAUCUGACGACAAAGGCCGGAAGCUGAAGCGGAGAGGCCACGGCAAGAGGAAGAAGAAGGUGGUGCUGACCAAAGAAAGGGAGGACGAGUGUUUCAGCUGCGGAGACGGAGGACAGAUGGUUUCCUGUAAAAGACCCGGAUGUCCCAAAGUUUACCACGCAGACUGUCUGAACCUCACCAAGAGACCUGCAGGUCGGUGGGAGUGUCCAUGGCAUCAGUGCGAUAUCUGCGGUAAGGAGGCGGCGUCCUUCUGUGAGAUGUGCCCGAGCUCCUACUGCUCCCAGCACCGUGAGGGUCUGCUCUUCAUCUCCAAACUGGAUGGAAAGCUGUCCUGCAGCGAACACGACCCCUGUGGCCCGGAGCCGCUGGAGCCGGGGGAGAUCCGGGAGUACGCACCCGAAGCCAGAGCCCUCCCCUCGGGGCUGGGGAUGGCUGUCAUCCCCCCCACCGCCUCCAGCGCCACCAGCAGCCAGACUCCCGCCUCCAGGAGGACCCAGGAGGUCGGCUCCGGCGCCGGCACGAGUACUUCCGAGUCAUUUCCCGCCUUUUCCAUCCCGGUUCCCAUCACCAUCCCCGUCGCCGCUCCCGCCUCCUCGCCUCCGCCCAGCAGCUCUGACGCCCCCAGCAGCCCUCAUGUGUUCGACCUCCCGCACUACUCACCCAUCUCCUCGUACGAAGAGGAGAGGGACGUCUUGGAGGAGGACGAGGAGGAGCUGCUAGCCGAGGAAGACGAGGAAGAGGAGGAGGAGGAGGAGGAGGAGGAAGAAGAGCUGGUGGAAGAGGGCGAAGUAGGGAGGCAGAAAUCAGACACUCAACAAGAAGACGGAGAGGAGGAGGAGGAGGAGGAUGUGGGGCUGGAAUACCUGGAGCUUAAAGACGAAGAGGAGGACGAUGAUGAUGAUGAAGAGGAAGAGGAAGAAGAGGAGGAAGAGGAGGAGUGAUAUUUACAGUCACUGCAGAUGAACGAGUCGGUCACUGUCUUCAAAUCAUCAGCUGGAUUUCUGGAGAGGUUUAUAGGACAAAACAUAAAUAAACUGUGAGGUUUAUAAAUAAGUAAACAGCAUCAAUACUGUAUAGAUUUAUACAUGCAUAUAUACACACUGAUACAUAUUCAGCAGUGUCACCGUUUAUUUAUUCUUGUCCUAGUAAUCACUCCCUCAGCCUCAUGAAACCACACAUUUCACUUUGAUGCGCUUCUUUUCUCACUUCUGCUCCGUUUGUCCUUCAGGUGUCACAAAGUUCACCUGCAGGAGGUUCAGAACAGUCGUUUUAUGCUAGAAAAGACUCCAAGUGCAUCCUCUUUAGGACCAACAGAGUCACGGUGGUGCUCAGCCUCACACUUCUACUGGCUUCUGUUUCAAUCAAACCAUGUUUACAUCGCUGCAGUUGGAGGGCGACUGACUACAAAAAGUACCAGAAACGAUAUUUGUAUUUGUCUGUAAUUACACCGGUUGAGUUUGUUUAUGCUGAACGAAACACAAGCCUCCACUGGACUUCAGUACACAUUCAACGUCCAUCCAGGACCUGAAACACAGGAGUCGUUUCUUCCGUUAAAUCCAGUCUCUCCUCCCGUUUCCGUUGUCGGUCGGUGCUUCAGGAUCAGUGCAGAUAUGCUCGAGGAGCGGCUGCCUGGAGUAGCCUGAACCACACAAACUGACUCUUUGUUGAUCAAUCAUGCAGUUUUAAUGAAAUUAAUUUGUUUUUAAUAGAUAGGGAUAGACUUGAGUUGCGGCUGCUGCUUGGCAACUCACAGGAAAACUCUAGAUUUGAACAUUUCAUGCCAAAAAAGACCCCAGAGAGUUUAGUGUUGUACUAGUAGUGGUCGUCGUGUCAGGGUGGCAGUGAAAGCGUUUCUGCCACCGUAGGACAAUCUCAUAGGCUAGUUAGCAGCUCCACGAGUCAGUCUGUGUUCAGUUGGACUGCAGUUUCCACAGACGGACUCUCCUGAAGGUCACAUCCUCCGUUAUCUGACGUGGGGCGACACCAAAUGGACGCUCGGCCUCGGCCUGUGUGGCGGUCAGACGUAGCACUCCGUUGGCUCCAGCGUGUAUUCUGUGCUCUGUAGUCAUUAUUUAUAUGCUGUUCUGUGACGCACAAAUGGUCAGGAGGGAGGGCCGUGGCGUCGGCGCUGCCUCUCCUCACUCUUGACUUUCCACUGAGGGGGAAACUAAAAGUCUCUGAUGGGAAACAAGACGCUUGAAACGACGGACUCCUGCGAUGAUGCUUGCACUUCAGUAUGUGUUCUUGCCACGUGUGUUUCGCUCUGUCUUCAAGCUUAAUAUCGUCUGUGUGUUAUCUGCCAAUGCCUUAGAGUGUAUUUCUUUGGAGAUAUUUUUAAGGAAUGGUUUGGCGCCUGUGAAAGCCAAGUUUCCCUACUAAUGCCUUUUUACAGUCGCCCAAACGAGUAAUGUUUCAUUCCAGUGUAAUUAUGACCUCUAGGAUCUCAACCAUUGACCUGUUAAAACAACUGCUAUAUAAAUAUAUAAGAAGAAGAAGUUAUGAAUUAAGCACCUUGUAUGUGGUAUCUUCUUUUUUUUAAAUUUUAGUCUCACAUGAAGCUUGAUAGCUAAAAUUAAAACCACAAAGACAAUUUUAAAUCCUAUUAUGCGUCUUUAAAUGUAUAUAAUUAAAAGAAAUUACAUAA